GGAAGUGAAUUUGAAAAACUUCAUUUACAAGGGUACAUUCAAUUUAACACUAGAGUUACCAGAAAAUAUGUAAAGCAACAUUUUGGAAACAAUUUACAUAUCGUCGUGCCAACUUUUAACACGCGGAGAAAGCAGAAUUCAGAUAGACCAUAUAAAACUGAUCCUGAAGAUAUAUGUGAUGAGUGUCUUUCAACAAAAGAAACCUGUAUACAAAGUAGAAGAUCACUUGAAAUAAAGAAUAGGAAUGGAAUCAUUAUUGAAAAAUCUGAAGAAGAAAUAGCUGAUAAUGUAUCAGUCAUCUCUAACAAUGAUAACUAUUUAGACCAAGAUAUGACAUCACGCAAUCCUGGUUUAUGGAAAAAGAAACCCCAUAAAAAUGUUAGUAAAAAUGAUAAUCAGAAUGAAACAUCACAAUUAAAAGCAUUGGAACCAGGUGCACAACAAGAGAAUUUAAAGACAAAGAUUUUAGUUACCAGAUCAAAGUGGAAACCUGAAGAUUUUUUAAUUCCAAAAAUA